GUCGCCAGGAUUUACUCAUCUCCCAGCUGGAAGAUCAUAAGGCAGCAGUUUCCUCAGUUAACCACCAGAAGACUCGGGACCCGAGGACAGUCAAAGUACCAUUACUACGGCAUUGCGGUGAAGGAAAGCUCCCAGUAUUAUGAUGUGAUGUAUUCCAAGAAAGGAGCCGCCUGGGUGAGCGAGACGGGCAAGAAAGAAGUGAGCAAACAGACGGUGGCAUAUUCACCCCGGUCCAAACUUGGAACGUUGCUGCCAGAGUUUCCAAAUGUCAAAGAUCUAAAUCUGCCAGCCAGUCUGCCUGAGGAGAAGGUCUCUACCUUUAUUAUGAUGUACAGAACACACUGUCAGAGAAUACUGGACACUGUAAUAAGAGCCAACUUUGAUGAGGUUCAAAGUUUCCUUCUGCACUUUUGGCAAGGAAUGCCCCCCCACAUGCUGCCUGUGCUGGGCUCCUCCACGGUGGUGAACAUCGUCGGCGUGUGUGACUCCAUCCUCUACAAAGCUAUCUCGGGGGUGCUGAUGCCCACCGUGCUGCAGGCGUUACCUGACAGGUGGGCAUGCUUCUUCUCGUGACUCGUCCUCAGCACGGAUCGUUCUUGCCCCUCUCUCACUGAACAUAAUCAGCUGCUGUCAGGGGUGGACACUGGGCUUU